AUGCAGCGCCUGGCACCCUUCGCGCUCUGCCUGGGCAUCUGGGCUGGGUUCAGCAGCGCCAUCAUCCCAGCGGAGGAGGAGAAGCCGUCCUUCUGGAACAGGCAGGCAGCCGAGGCCAUCGAAGCCUCCUUCCAGCUCCAGCCCAGGCUGAGCCAAGCCAAAAACCUCAUCCUCUUCCUCGGGGACGGCUUCGGGAUCCCAACCAUCACGGCCACCCGGAUCCUAAAGGGGCAAAUGCAGGGGGAGCUGGGCCCCGAGACACCCCUCGCCGUGGACGCGUUCCCCUACGUGGCGCUCUCCAAGACCUACAACGUGGACCGGCAGGUGCCCGACAGCGCGGGCACGGCCACCGCGUACCUCUGCGGCGUGAAGGGCAACUACGGGACGAUAGGGCUGAGCGCGGCCGCCCGCUACUCGCAGUGCAACACCACGGCGGGCAACGAGGUGAUCUCGGUGCUGGAGCGGGCCCGCAAAGCCGGGAAGGCGGUGGGCAUCGUGACGACCACGCGGGUGCAGCACGCCUCGCCCGCGGGCACCUACGCCCACGUGGUGAACCGCAACUGGUACGCCGACGCCAGCAUGCCGGCGGCCGCCCUGAGCCAGGGCUGCAAGGACAUCGCCUGGCAGCUCGUCCGCAACGUCGACAUCAACGUGAUCCUCGGGGGCGGCCGGCAGUACAUGACGCCCGCGGGCACGCUGGACCCCGAGUACCCCAGCUACCCCAGCGCCAACGGCGUGCGCCAGGACGGGCUCAACCUCAUCGACGAGUGGCUGAAGGGCAGGCAGGACGCCCGCUAUGCCUGGAACAGGACGGAGAUGCUGGCGGCGGCCGCGAACCCCGAAGUGAAUUACUUGAUGGGGCUGUUCGAGCCCAACGACCUCAAGUACAACAUGACGCACAACACCACCCUGGACCCCUCGCUCAGCGAGAUGACGGAGGCGGCCAUCAAGGUCCUGAGCAGGAACCCCAACGGCUUCUACCUCUUCGUGGAAGGCGGCAGGAUCGACCAUGGCCACCACGACGGCGCGGCCCAGAAGGCGCUGACGGAGGCGGUGGAGUUCGACCGCGCCGUCGGGCGGGCGGGCGCCCUGGUGGACGAGGCCCAGACCCUCACCGUGGUCACCGCCGACCACUCGCACGUCUUCUCCUUCGGCGGCUACACGCUGCGCGGCAGCUCCAUCUUCGGCCUGGCCCCCAGCAAAGCCUCGGACCAGAAGAGCUACACGUCCAUCCUGUACGGGAACGGGCCCGGCUAUCCGGCGGCUCCGGGCCGGGACGACGUGAACGUCAGCACGGCCGAGCUGUUCGACUACCGGCAGCAGGCGGCCGUGCCCCUCACCUCCGAGACCCACGGCGGCGAGGACGUGGCCAUCCUGGCCAAGGGCCCCAUGGCGCACCUCUUCCACGGCGUGCAGGAGCAGACCUACGUGGCGCACGCCAUGGCCUACGCCGCCUGCCUCGAGCCCUACGGCUCGUGCCGCCAGCGGGGCUCGGCCCCCCGCGCCCGCCCCGGCCCCCUGGCCCCGCUCGCGGCCCUUCUCCUCCUCUUCCUCCUGCUGCCCCUCUUCUCGUAG